AUGGAUGAUCAAGCCGGAAAACCUUAUUUGAAAAUAAUCGGAUUGAUUUGGAUUCUUAUUGAAUGUAGUCUUGUGGCUGGAAAUAUCUUUGGAUUUGCAUCACUGUUUACUGAAUUACCUCGUUAUGGUAUUUAUCAAUCGGAAUGUAGAAGUUCACUUGAACAAAAUAUAUUGAGCGAGACAAACAUAACAAAAGACACUUGCCAUGGUCAACAGGCGAAGUAUCAACUUGCUUUUGCGUUGGGUAUUGCAUUUUAUAACGUACCAGCUAUGGUAUCUGGUAUGAUUAGCGAUAAUUUUGGACCAAGAUCUCUCAAAUUAAUUGCUAUUAUUUUUCAUCUGAUCAGCUGGUUAUCACUUGGAUUUAUAACACCCGAUCGUAGUUGGCUUCUUAUGAUUCAUACCAUGUUUUUAUCUCUAUCGGGAAUUAGUACUUUGUUAGCAUCAUUUUCUAUAUCGAACCAUUUUGUUAAGAGUCGCGGUCUUGUUACAGCAUUAAUAUCCGGUUCGCAACUCACUGGUUCACUUUGGUAUGCCGUAUUUCAAAUUUUAAUUGGAAAAGGAUUGAUUUCUCUUUCUACAUUAUCUUUUAUAUGGGCAUCGUUGUCGGUGUUGAUGUUCGGUAGUGCUAUGCUUUUUCUUGAUUGGCCUUUUAACUUUAUCGAUUCAACCUUAAAAUCAAAAAUAACAAAAAAACAAGUUAAAACAAUCACGACAGAUGAUACUUUAAUAAAACACUUAACUAGUCCAUUAUUUAUUGUUGUGACACUUUUCCUCAGUGCUCUACUGUUUACAAUAUCGUUUCUGCCCAUUGUUUGGCCUGCAUGGAUAUCUUACUUGACUGAAUCUAACUCGGAAUCAAUUACACGUUAUACGUUUUGGUUCAAUAUGCUCGCUGGUUUCGGAAUUUUCAUUGCACCAUUAUGUGGUUUUAUUGUUGAUUUCAGAGCCCAUCGGGGUUAUACACAAAAAAUGUUUAAUAUUUCGAUUUUACAAACAAUUACGUGGAUUGGUUGUGUAAGUCUUUGUAUGGUUUGUAUGCAACAAUCGAUUACUGCAGCUCCGAUUGCCUUGUUUAUUUUGAUUAUUUCACGUGUUUUACUCGUGGCUGGUAGUCAAGCAUUAAUUGCUACUGUUUUUCCACCACAAUUUAUUGGAUCUCUUCUUGGAGUUAUGUGGACAAUAGCAGGUCUCAUUAGUUUUGCUAUAUAUGCCUUACUACGUCUUGGAAACACUGGCAAAGAUCUUUGGCGACCUUGGGCAGUAAUUCUAUUGCUUUGCAUUAUGAUGGGUGGACAUUUAAUUCAAGUUUGGAUGUUAUAUAUCAAAUCGAAAACAGAAAAGAAAAGUCAAUCGUCGGUUAUCGAUGAAGAAGAAAUGAAUACAUUGAAAAAUUCAAAUGACAAUUAA